AAAGCCUACUGAAGUGAGACUUUGUCGUUGUGUUUCUUGGCUAUAUACAUUGUUUUGUUCACAAGCUAGGUAGUUUUUCUAUGAUUGAGAUUGAACUGCUAGGGAAGAGAAGACAACCCUUCUACUAGUCAGACACAGCCACAAACCUGACUCUAGUGACGCUACCACGGUAACCUCCCGUCCUCAGUAACUCCCACUCAGACAUGUCUGCGCUAGUGGGAGAGGGGCGGGUCAUAGCCCAGAGGGUCACCAGAAGCAUCACCUACUACUACACCAGCCGGACACCAGGGGGCGAUACCCCCUCCCUCUCUCCUCCCACCAUUUCCCCCACCCCCUCCUUAUCCUCCCAUCUAGACACUCCUCUUCCCUCCUAUUCCCUCUCCACCCCCUUUCUCUCAGACACGCCCUCUCACCCCACCAUUUCCUCAACUCUAACCCCUUCCGCUUCGGAUAUACCAACCCUCUCUCCAUCCUCGCCCUCCUCCUCCUCCCCCCGUCCCCUCCUCCUGCUCCUCCCUUGGCUUGGCGCCAAACCGGGGGCCAUGGCGAAGUACCGGGACCUCUACCUGGAACGCGGCCUGGACAUCCUAUCUGUGGAGAGCGCCGUGUGGCACUUUCUGUGGCCUCGCUGGGGGCUGGAGUAUGGGGCCGAGGUCCUGGAGAUUCUGGAUGACCCACGUUUCAAAGGGCGCCCCCUUCUGGUCCAUGCCUUCUCCAUCGGCGGGUACACCUUCACCCAGCUGCUUAGCCAGAUGGUCAGGGAGCCACACAAGUACCCGGGCCUGGCCCAACAGGUCGUAGGACAUGUGUAUGACAGCAUGGUGGUCGGGUCGCUGGAGCAUAUGGCUACAGGCGUGGGCAAGACCUUGUUCCCUCGUAUCGAGCCCCUGGUGCGAUACACCGCUAUGCUAUACUUCUGGCUCUUCAAGUCCCAGACGGUGCACUACUACGACAACGCAGUCCAGGUCUUCUACAACAGCCCCGUCACCGCCCCGGCGCUCUUCUUCUUCUGCGAGAACGACGUGCUGUGUGAUCCCGUCGCCAUGGAGGCGGCCAUCUACUUCUGGAGGAAGCGGGGCGUUGCUGUGGAAACCAGGAAGUGGAAGGAGUCUGUGCACGCCGCUCAUCUACGCUGUCACCCGGAGGAGUACCUCUCCACCUUGGAGAAAUUUAUGAUCUCGCUCAACGUCGCCCCCCUCAGGGAGAACAUGUGAAUGGCUCAUGUGCUAAUCACAGUGGGGGGGUGUGGAUAAUUCAAUAAAGCCUGAAUACUCAUGUUCAAA